UUUUUAUUUUUUAUUGUUCAUCAAAAUGAAAAACAAUAUAUAUUUCAAAAUUUUUGAAUCAAACAACUCGCCUGAUAUUAUAAGGUCAUCACAUCUUAGUACAACCAUCAAUCAUUGCUCAAUACUGAAAUCAUACGAUUAUUUUACGUAAUCAAUGACGCGAUGAGGAAAAAGACGAAAUGAGGUUCAGAUUCAGAUUCGGCGAAUGACACUCGCAUAAAAUGGAGCCCAUUAAUUGAUUCCCGUACAAUAAAUAAGCAAAAAUACAAUUGGAGGGUUCAGAAAUAUUUUGGCAUUGGGCACAACCACAUCGUUUCCUCGGCACUCCGCUUCCAUGGCGGAGCCAAGCCUGAGCUCCCCUCUGCUCAUCCAUGGCGCCUCACCCUCCAAAUCCUGGGCGUGCAGGGUAGCUUUCGCACUCAUAGUUUUAGCAGCCGUGUGGGUAGUAGGUGGAAGGCAACAGAACGCUCUAAUACAACAACAAAGGGAGGGAAUUUCAUUAGAAUUCAACCUAGAAGAAAAGCCAACGCCAGUAAAAAAUGAGGAGGGGAAGAAGAAGGAGGUGGAAGCAGAGCAAGGCGUGGUGGCGGCAGACCAUGGGAGGUGCGCCGCUGUAGGGGUGGAUGUCCUGCGGGAGGGAGGCCAUGCGAUGGAUGCUGCAGUCGCCACUGCACUCUGCCUCGGUGUCCUCAACCCCAUUGCGAGUGGGAUCGGCGGCGGAGCUUUUUUACUCCAUCGCAGCUCUGAGACCGGCCUCUCCCAGGCAUUCGACAUGCGUGAAACAGCGCCUGCAGCUGCUUCUCAGGACAUGUACAACAACAACGAGCAAGCCAAGAAAUAUGGUGCACUUGCCGUGGGAGUACCAGGAGAGCUUGCAGGCCUUCACACAGCAUGGCUUCAACAUGGCAGGCUUCCAUGGAAGAGACUUGUAGAACCAGCAAUAAGAUUGGCAAGAGAUGGCUUUCCAAUUGCUCGAUAUCUUGGCUCUAAGCUUCUAGUAUUUCAGAGCAAAAUUAUGGGUAACCCUGGUCUACGCAGUAUCUUUGCACCAAAUGGAGAGCUUCUAAAAACAGGGGAGAUUUGUUAUAACAAGAAGCUUGCGGCAGCGCUUCAGGCUAUAUCAGAUCAUGGCCCUCUUGCUUUCUAUAAUGGAAGUGUUGGAGAGAUGUUGGUUGAGGACGUAAAGAAGGCUGGAGGGAUUAUAACGAUGGAUGAUCUCAGGAAUUACAGGGUUGAAGUAAGUGAGCCUGUGAAGUUCGAGGCCUUUGGGCAUGAGAUAUUGGGCAUGCCGCCUCCUUCUAGUGGAGCUGUGGGGCUAUCUCUGGUCCUGAACAUUUUUGCCAGUUAUGGUAAUAGCAAUGCGGCAAAGGGCGAUCUUGGCCUCCACCGGCUAAUCGAAGCUAUGAAACACAUGUUUGCUAUCCGAAUGAACUUGGGAGAUCCAAACUUUGUCAACGUUACAUCUUGCAUGCUUGAUAUGCUUUCCUCAGAAUUUGCAUCAAAAAUUCGUGAGAGAAUUCUCGAUAACACCACAUUUCCCCCCGACUAUUACAUGAACCAGUGGAGUCAGCUCAGAGACCAUGGAACAAGCCAUUUUUGCAUAGUAGAUGCCAAUAGAAAUGCAGUUUCAAUGACUAGCACUGUGAAUUCUCCCUUUGGAGGUGGCAUGGUCUCGCAAUCUACCGGAAUUUUGCUUAACAAUGAGAUGGAUGACUUCUCAACACCCACUGAGAUGACCCCUGAUCAUCUUCCUCCGGCUCCUGCUAAUUUUAUCGCACCUAACAAACGACCCUUGUCAUCCAUGUCCCCAUUUAUUGUUCUCAAGGACGGCCAACUAGCUGGAGUGAUAGGAGGUAGCAAUGGGAUAUUCACAAUUCCUGCAGUGGUUCAGGUUUUCAUCAAGCAUUUCAUCUUUGGAAUGGAUCCUCUGUCUGCUGUCCAACAUCCGCGAGUCUAUCACCAGCUGAUACCUAACGAGGUGUCAUAUGAGAAUUGGACUGUGCUUGAUGGGGAGCACUAUGAGCUAUCUGGUGAAGCAAAGUUAUUUUUAGAGAAAAGAGGUCAUGAACUACAGGCCAUGGAAAAUGGUGGUAUAUGCCAAAUGGUUGUUCACAAUCUUCGGCGCCCAACUACUGCUAUGUUAAAACGAAGAUCGGUUGGUCGAAAUCGAGUGUUUCAUGGCAUGCUUACUGCUGUGAGUGAUGCUAGAAAGGAUGGAUUCCCAUCUGGCUUUUGAGUCCCAUUGUUGUAAAUACAUUUAUUGUGCAAAAUAAUGUACUUAUCAUCUCAAUCAUAUUCAAGUAAUCUUUCAUAGGCAAUA